UAGCUGUCACAGUUUUGAGUGUUUUGACAACUUGAAAUCAGGGCAAUCAGGGGGGUUAUCUUCCUCCUGUAAUGUAAUAAUACCAGAAAGUCUUUCUCAAUAUAUAGCCUAUCAAUCUCAAUAUCUAAGCCUUAAAAAUAAAAUAAUUUGUCAUAGUUGUGCAUUGUUGUGAAAUUGAUAGUUUAUUUAAAUCGUGAAUAAACAUUGCCAUAGUCAAAAAAUUUCAAUUAUUACUGAAAGAGAUAUAGUGAAAAACAUUGUAGUAAAAUGAGUAAAUUUUACAAUAUCCACCGGGAUUGUACUGAAUAUUGCAGAUCUAUUGUGCAUGGAAAUUUGAUAACUUCUGCCUUUUCGGUUUUGGAUAUUUCUGGUCUUCAAUUAUGCUCCUACCUGAAUUAUUUGUGUACUAACUGUGAUUUAAUAAAAGAUUCUGCUGGAAGAACAGCUCUACAUGCAGCUGCUUCCUAUGGAUAUUUAGAAGUAGUAAAAUGGCUACUUAACAAUAAAAAUGCAAACAUAAAUGCCAGAGAUGAUGAAUCAGGUUACACACCCCUACAUAGGGCCUUUUAUUAUGGAAGGUUAUAUAUAGCAAUAGAAUUAAUGAAAGCAGGUGCUGACGCUACAUUAUUGGACAGGGAUGGACUGACAUCCUUAGAUCACGUUAUUCAGGAUGGACUAAAACCUACCAUUUACUUUGGUUCUGUAUAUACUUGGGGCAUUAAUAAAAAUAAUUCCUUGGGUCCAUUUAGUUCAAGAAAUACCCCUGAAUGUUUGGAUGUGUUCCACAAAAAAUAUCCAAAGGAGUAUGUGCAACAAAUAUGCAUAGAUACAUUUCAUAGUAUCAUAAUCACUAUUAAUGGACACGCUUACACUUGUGGGCAUGGCCUAGGGGGUAGGUUAGGUUUACGCACUGAAAACGCUAUUGUUGAACCUACAAAAAUAACUUUUCCUGAGAAAGUUGAUGUAAUUCGAGUCAGCAUAUCAAGAGAUCAUUCUUUAUUUUUGACAGCCUCUAGGCAUAUUUAUUCAUGUGGACUUAACACACAUAAAGUAUUAGGUCUUUAUCCUCCACCAAAUAAAUGUCUUUCCCCUGAAAAAGUGAAAUGCCUCAUGUCUAAAGUCCCUUGUGGAGUGAGUGCAGGCCGAUAUCAUUCUGUUGCUUGGACUGCUAGGAAGUUGUACACUUGGGGCUUGAAUGGUGGUCAACUUGGCCAUGAGAGCUAUCAUGGAAAUUAUAUAAUUACACCUAGAGGUGUACCAGCAAUUAAUAACAGAGAUAAUGAUAUCAAAAAAGUUGUAUCAAGUGAUGGUGCAAUUGCAAUCCUGACUGGGACAGGGGAUGUUUAUGUUCUUCAUGAUUAUAUGUGUAGAAAAGUAGCUUCCAGGUUUUCGAAUCUUCAAAAUUUGGCUAUUAUUGGUGGAAAAUUGAGAACCGACACAGAUGUCGAUUUGAAAGGGGAAUCCCUAAAAGAAUUGAAAGUGGUCAUUCUAACCAAUAAUGGCCAGAUGUUUAUAUGGCGGGAAUCGGAUCCACAACUCUGCAGGUUAACAUUCUCCGUUCCCAGAGUUUUUUCAGUUAUAAAUGUUUCACUGAAUUUCAAUAAUAUCCUUUUUGUUACCAACUAUGGAGAGUGCUAUACUGGCAUCAUUAAAAAAAGAGUGAAAAAAGUAUAUUGGGAUAGAAAAAAUUUCGGCGCAUUACCAGUGGCUUCUGUUGCAGUAACUAAAAUACCGAAAAUAUACAGGGCUUCAGCUAUAGUAAGCGAUCCAAAAGGAGAAGAUUUUGGUGUGAUACAGCAACAUCCUUAUGCCACUGAGAUUUCUGACGAAAAUAUUAUGAAGAAAGAAAUGGAAUAUCAGUUCACUAAAUUACUUGAAGAAACUACUGAAGAAGAUAAUAUUCAUGACAUCGUUAUUAAAAUAAAUCACAAAACAUUUCCAGCGCACAAGUACAUUUUGGCUAGUGAGAGUAAUUUAAUGGAUUUAUGUGACAGUAAAGAUGAAAUAGUACUGAAAGACAUUAACGUUGAUUUUUUUCAACAAUUAUUGAUUUUUAUUUACACUGGUACUUGUUCUUUGCUGGAAGUUGGAGAAUGCCCCGAACUCUUCAAAAAAUAUUACAUUUCUUCUGAUGGAGUCGAACAGGAAACUGUCAAGAGCCAAAAAAAUAAAUCUCCGCAAAACCCUAUCAGAAAAUUGCAAGAGAUGUCUAAACGCUUUGGUUGUAAGAGACUACAUCACCUCUUGAAUGAUUUCUAUAUGCAAAAUAUCUACAUAUUUAGAAAGAGUGAUAUAUUAAAUACCCCAAAGUGUUAUCAGAUAACAGAUUUUCCUGAAUAUUAUGACAUCAAGCUGAAAUGUAGCAACGGCAAGGAGAUCAAGGCACAUAAAUGUAUUUUAGUUGGAAGACUUGAAUAUUUCAGUAAUUUAUUUGCUGCUAGAUGGAGUAAUGAUGCCAGAAGUACCAUUAGCAUACCUCAUACAAGUGAUUUGGUGGAAGCUUUGUUAGAAUUUUUAUACACGGACUCCGAAUAUUUCCUGUUAGAUAAAGAUGGAGAUUUCUUGUUGAAAUUGUUGGUUUUAGCUGAUGAAUAUUUGGUGGAACAACUGAAACAAUGUUGUGCUUAUCUCAUACUGAAACUGAAUCAUCUUGAUCUCAAGAAUGCCAUUGACAUUCUACAAAUCGCUCAUAAGGUCAAGUCUACUUUUUUGAUAAAAGGUGUUAUGACAUAUGUUGUGAACAAUUUAGCCUAUUUCUUAGAGGCUAAAGCAUUACAUGACCUUUCUGAGGAAUUAUUGUAUGAUAUAUCUAUGUAUUAUAUUUCAUACCGAAAAUUAGAUCGUCGCCAUCAAACCUAUGCUAUUUCCGAUGAUCGAAGUGAGAAAAUACAUGAAAUACAUAACAAAUAUCCAAUAAAUUUGGAAAUUUCUGAGAAAAGGAAUCUUCGAGCUAUGCAGAAAAUGUCCAAGCAACGAAGGUCGAAGUUUUUAAGAAAAAGUGUGAGUGAAAAAAGUUUGCAGAGAGAUUCGGAUGAUGACGAGAAGGAAGAGUGUACACCACAUUGUCUACCAAACACUGAAGAAAAAACGGAAAAUGUUGAGAAGAUUGGGCAAGAUCGUGUAUCGGCAAUCUGUUCAGCUACAAGAAUAUUAGAAACCUCAAAUGAGGAACCAGAAUUCAUAAAUUUAAAAAACCUUUCAUUAUCCGAUUCAUUUGAUGAGUUUCCUUUAUUGAACAGUCCACCUGAAGGUAGUCAUAAUAGAUUGAGUAGUUCACCUAGUCAAGGAAAGUUUGUGAAGAAACACAAAAUGGUUCGAUUAUCCCAGAAAGAACGAUUGAGGCUCUCUUCAGAAAGUAAAGAAACUCCUCAAGGUACUUCAGAAACUCCAAAAAACCCAUGGAAAAAGAUACCAGAUAUUUCAGAAAAUAUUGCAAAAUCUCCAACAGACUCCUCUUUUAGUGGUAUACUAUUAGAUGAGAAGAAAUUGAAAGGGAAUUUGGUGAAAAUCACAAAUAAACAACUGGUCCAUACUCAGAUGGAAGAUAAGGCAAUUAUGGACUUGGAAAAAUUUUAUAACAUUCAUGAAGUAGAGGAUGAGGUUAUAAAAGUUCAGAGGGUGGAUAUUGGCAAUGUAGCUCCCCCUGUUUGGGUACCUGCCAAUCAUGCUCAUGGCAGCCACAGUUAACACACCAUUUUAAAUUUAAAAUUUUUUAAUGAAUAGAGUGAGGAUUUCAGUAGUUGCAGAUCACAACUACAAUUACUGAGAUGAAUAUUUAAUAUGGAAUUUGAACUUCUGCUUUAUUUUAUCAAUUUUAAUUCACAUGGACACUUUCACUCCAUCUGUUCAUGAUUUUUAUUGAGCAAUAAAAUAAUAAUAAACAUACAUUUGGUAA